CUGCCGAGUGCAGACGUGUCUAACCGUUUUUUCCGUGAUAAAUAAAAUCGAUCGAAAAAUAAAAGAUUGUGCAAAGUUUGCGAGCUUAAUAUCUCCGUCUGAAGUGAAUUUCCCAUUCGGUAUUGGCGAUGGGAGACUCGCUGGAAGCGACCGUGGGCAGCAUGGGCAGCGAUCCGCCCCAGUCCGUGGUGGACGCCGAGUCGGUCGCCAUCAUGGACUACGACGGCUUCACCAACUACAUCCGAAAGGCGGUGACCAUUCUGCUGCCGGAGGAGGACGUCGUUCCGGUGCCGCUGAAUGCCGCCCUCGACGAUUCGUCCAACCAGGAGUGCAUCCGGAAGUUUCUGAGCGAUCCGCAAACUCAGGCCCUGUACAUCCAGCGGUCCUGUUUUAAGGAUGAUGAAAAUGAAGCGCCGACCGAAGGAGAAGAGGAGAAAGAUGCCGUGACGUACUACAUCAGCAACGAUGUGCACUUUUCCAACCAACGAAUGGCUUCGUUGGUUUGCAUCAAGCGUGGUAUGGUGAUCGAAGCGGACAAGUCGAUCCAUUCCCAGAUCCGGUUGAUUAACUUUUCCGAGGGUUCGCCGUACGAGACGUUGCAUUCGUACAUCAGCAAAACGUUGGCUCCGUACUUCAAAAGCUACGUCAAGGAAUCAGGCCGCGCGGAUCGCGAUGGCGAUAAAAUGGCACCCUCGGUUGAGAAGAAGCUUGCCGAGCUGGAAAUGGGUUUGUUGCAUUUGCAGCAGAACAUCGACAUUCCGGAGGUUACCUUGAACAUUAACGGUACCGUAGCGCAGGUUGUGAAGAAAUGCGCUGACGAAGGCCGCAAGGCUAAGAUAACUGAUUUUGGCGAUAAGGUUGAGGAUUCGACUUUCUUGAACACGCUGCAGAAUGGUGUCAAUCGUUGGAUCAAGGAGAUUCAGAAGGUUACCAAGUUGGAUCGUGACCCUUCUUCGGGAACGGCUCUGCAGGAGAUAUCCUUCUGGUUGAACCUGGAACGGGCGUUGCAUCGUAUUCAGGAGAAACGCGAAUCACCGGAAGUUGCACUCACCCUGAACAUUUUGAAACAUGGUAAACGAUUCCACGCGACCGUUUCCUUUGACACCGAUACCGGAUUGAAGCAGACCUUAGCGAUGGUAGCCGAUUACAACCCGCUGAUGAAGGAUUUCCCGAUCAAUGAUUUGCUGUCGGCUACCGAACUGGACAAGAUUCGUCAAGCCGUUCUAUCGAUCUUCAAUCAUCUGCGCAAGAUCCGUAGCACCAAGUAUCCGAUUCAACGUUGCCUACGACUGAUUGAAGCCAUUUCCCGGGAUCUCAGCCAGCAGCUAUUGAAGGUGCUCGGAACUCGCCGGCUGAUGCAUAUUCCAUUUGACGAGUUUGAACGUGUGAUGAACCAAUGCUUCGAGGUGUUCAGUUGUUGGGAUGAUGAGUACGACAAACUGCAGGGAAUCCUACGCGAUAUCGUCAAGAAGAAGCGAGACGAACACAUCAAGAUGGUUUGGCGCAUUGCUCCGGCGCACAAGAAGCUACAGCAACGCAUGGAACAUAUGCGCAAGUUCCGUCGUCAGCACGAGCAGCUUCGUACCGUCAUUGUUCGGGUUCUGCGUCCGGCCCGCCAACCCACUGGAAUGUCCGGCGGUGGAGACACCACAAUCGCCGAUCCCAAGCAACCUUACAGCUUGGACACUGCCGAUGCUAACGCAAUCGAAGAGGUCAAUCUGGCCUACGAGAACGUGAAGGAGAUCGAGUGCUUGGAUAUUUCCAAGGAAGGCUCCGAAGCGUGGGAUGCCGCAAUCAAGCGAUACGAGGAACGAAUCGAUCGCGUUGAGACGCGCAUCACUGCCCAUCUGCGCGAUCAGCUGGGAACGGCCAAAAAUGCCAACGAAAUGUUCCGCAUAUUCUCGCGCUUCAAUGCCCUGUUUGUGCGUCCUCAUAUCCGAGGAGCGAUCCGAGAGUAUCAAACACAGCUGAUUCAGCGUGUCAAAGAUGACAUCGAGGCUCUGCAUGAGAAGUUUAAGGUUCAAUACCCUCAAAGCAAGAGCUGUCGCCUGUCGGUCGUCCGCGAUCUUCCCCCGGUGGCAGGUUCCAUCAUUUGGGCCCGUCAGAUCGAUAACCAGCUGACGAUGUAUCUGAAACGUGUGGAAGACGUGCUCGGCAAGGGUUGGGAGUCUCAUAUUGAUGGGCAAAAGUUGAAGGCCGACGGUGAUAGCUUCCGUGCGAAGCUGUCCACGGCGGAAGUGUUCCAGGAAUGGGCACGCAAGGUACAGGAGCGCAACACCGGAAUCACCGGGCGAAUCUUCCUGAUUGAAUCCACUCGCUCCCGUACCGGUCGUGGCAACACCCUGCGGUUGCGCGUAAACUUCCUUCCGGAAAUCAUCACCCUGUACAAGGAAGUACGCAACCUGAAGAGCCUGGGAUUCCGCGUACCGUUGGCCAUUGUCAACAAAGCUCACCAGGCGAAUCAACUGUAUCCGUUUGCCAUUUCGCUGAUUGAAAGCGUCCGCACCUACGAGCGUACACUGGAAAAGCUAACAAAUAGGAGUUUAGCACAAAAUUCAGUAUUCAAGAUCGAGGAUCGCGCCAGCAUCAUCCCGUUGGUGGCCGGAUUGCGCAAGGAGGUGCUCGCCCUAAUCUCCGAGGGUAUCGCCCUGGUUUGGGAGAGCUACAAGCUGGAUCCGUACGUCCAACGGCUGUCGGAGAAUGUAACUUCCUUCCAGGAGAAGGUCGAAGAUCUGCUGGUCGUCGAAGAACAGCUGGAUGUCGAUGUUCGUUCGCUGGAGACGUGCCCGUACAGUGCGGCGACGUUUGCCGAUAUUCUGUCCAAGAUCCAGCAUGCCGUCGAUGAUCUGUCGCUGAAGCAGUACUCCAAUCUGCACGUUUGGGUUGCCCGCCUGGAUGAGGAAGUUGAGAAAAAGCUGGCCGCCAGGCUGCAAGCCGGUAUCCAGGCCUGGACCGAUGCGUUGACGGGAAACAAGAAAGAAGUCGAUCUGUCGAUGGAUACGGAUGCUCCGGUACAGCCGACCAUCAAACCGGGUGGCGAUCCACAGAUUCAGAAAGCGAUCCACGAGAUCCGUAUCACCAACCAGCAGAUGUAUCUCUACCCGUCGAUCGAGGAAGCUCGAUUCCAAAUCAUGCAGCAGCUGUUUGCAUGGGAAGCAAUCGUUACGUCGCAAACCCGGCUGCAGAGUUCUCGCUAUCAGGUUGGAUUGGACAAGCCUGUUUCGCAGACGUACAGGAAUCUUCUGACAAAGUUGCCCGGAGGUUCGGAUCCAUUGGAGGGAAGUUACGGUGCAAUCGAGAAUCAGAUGUCCGAAGUUCGUAACUACGUCGAUGAAUGGCUUCGCUAUCAGAGUUUGUGGGAUCUACAGGCCGAUACCUUAUACGGUCGUCUGGGCGAGGACAUCAAUCUUUGGAUCAAGUGUUUGAAUGACAUCAAGAAGUCGCGUACGACUUUCGAUACUUCGGAUACUCGUCGUGCUUACGGUCCGAUUGUCAUUGAUUAUGCUAAGGUGCAGGCGAAGGUCACGCUGAAGUACGAUUCCUGGCAUAAGGAAGCGUUGAGCAAGUUCGGACAGCUGUUGGGUAACGAGAUGAGCACUUUCCACGGUAAGGUGUCCAAGAGCCGCAGCGAUCUGGAGCAGCAAAGUAUUGAAGCUGCCAGCACGUCCGAUGCAGUUUGCUUCAUCACGUAUGUGCAGUCGCUAAAGAAGGAGAUGCUAGUUUGGGACAAGCAGGUGGAAGUGUACCGUGAAGCCCAGAGAAUCCUCGAGCGUCAACGUUUCCAAUUCCCGAACAAUUGGUUGCAUGUGGAUAACAUCGAAGGAGAGUGGUCCGCUUUCAACGAGAUUAUGAAACGUAAGGAUUCCGCUAUCCAAACGCAGGUUGCCAGUUUGCAGGCCAAGAUCGUUGCCGAAGACAAGGCCGUAGAGUCGAGAACGUUGGACUUCCUGAACGAUUGGGAAAAGAACAAACCAACCGGUGGACGUACCCGUCCGGAUGAUGCUUUGCAGCAAUUGCACAUCUUCGAGACUAAAUUCUCCCGAUUGAAGGAAGAGCGUGACAACGUAGCCAAAGCCAAGGAAGCUCUGGAACUACAGGAAUCUGCCGUUCCAAACAACAGCACCGAACGUAUGUGUGUGGUUUUGGAAGAACUCCAGGACUUGCGUGGAGUAUGGAGUGAGCUCUCCAAGAUCUGGGCUCAGAUUGAUGAGACACGCGAGAAGCCGUGGUUGUCGGUGCAGCCUCGCAAGCUCCGUCAAUCGCUGGAAGCCAUGAUGAACCAACUGAAGGAUCUACCGGCCCGUUUGAGAAUGUACGAAAGCUACGAAUAUGUGAAGAAGCUACUGCAGAGCUAUAUCAAGGUGAACAUGAUGAUUGUUGAAUUGAAGUCCGAUGCCCUGAAGGAGCGUCACUGGAAGCAACUGACCAAGCAGCUACGCGUAAGCUGGGUCCUAUCAGACCUGACACUCGGACAGGUCUGGGACGUGAACCUCCUGAAGAACGAAUCCAUUGUCAAGGAUAUCAUAUUGGUCGCACAAGGAGAAAUGGCGCUGGAGGAGUUCUUGAAACAGGUUCGUGAGAGCUGGCAGAACUACGAACUGGACUUGAUCAACUACCAGAACAAAUGCAGGAUCAUUCGUGGAUGGGACGACUUAUUCAACAAGGUUAAGGAGCAUAUCAACUCGGUGGCAGCUAUGAAACUGUCUCCGUACUACAAGGUGUUCGAGGAGGAAGCGCUAACCUGGGAGGAGAAAUUGAACCGUAUCAAUUCGCUGUUCGAUGUGUGGAUCGAUGUUCAGCGUCGCUGGGUCUACCUGGAGGGUAUUUUCUCCGGAAGCGCUGAUAUUAAGGUGUUGCUGCCGGUGGAAACUUCCCGUUUCCAAAGCAUCAGUUCGGAGUUCCUUGGACUGAUGAAGAAGGUUGCCAAGUCGCCUAAGGUUAUGGACGUACUGAACAUCCCAGCCGUGCAGAGAUCGCUGGAACGUUUGGCCGAUUUGCUGGGCAAGAUCCAGAAAGCCCUGGGAGAGUACUUGGAACGCGAGAGAACUUCUUUCCCGCGGUUCUACUUUGUUGGAGACGAAGAUUUGCUGGAAAUUAUCGGUAACAGCAAGAAUGUGGCUCGUCUGCAAAAGCAUUUCAAGAAGAUGUUUGCCGGCGUUGCUUCGAUACUACUGAACGAGGACAAUACGGUUAUUCUGGGUAUCGCUUCUAGAGAAGGCGAGGAGGUGAAGUUUAUCAAGCCGGUGUCGACGAUUGAUCAUCCGAAGAUCAACGAAUGGUUGACUCUGGUCGAGAAGGAAAUGCGAUUCACUUUGGCUUCUUACUUGGCUCAAGCUGUCCAAGACAUCAAGCAGUUCAAGGACGAGAUCGACCCGCAGAAAUAUAUGGAGUGGUGUGACAAAUACCAAGCUCAGAUUGUGGUGUUGGCUGCUCAGAUUUUGUGGUCCGAAGACGUGGAAGCAGCUCUGCAGCAAGCAUCAGAUAGCCCGGGUAAUAAAUCCCCAAUGCACCGUGUGUUAAUCACCGUCGAAACAACACUGAACGUACUGGCUGAUUCGGUUCUUCAAGAGCAGCCGCAGCUCCGACGCAAAAAAUUGGAGCAUCUGAUCAACGAGUUCGUACACAAACGUACCGUAACCCGUCGUUUGAUCAACCAUGGCGUGAACAAUCCAAAGUCCUUCCACUGGCUGUGCGAGAUGCGUUUCUACUUCGAUCCUCGCCAAACGGAAGUGCUGCAACAGUUGACGAUUCACAUGGCCAAUGCUCGUUUCUACUAUGGCUUCGAGUAUCUCGGCGUGCAGGAUCGCCUGGUUCAAACACCGUUGACCGAUCGUUGCUACCUAACCAUGACGCAAGCACUGGAAGCCCGACUCGGUGGAUCACCGUUCGGACCAGCCGGUACCGGUAAGACGGAAUCGGUGAAGGCUCUCGGUAAUCAGCUGGGUCGCUUCGUGCUCGUGUUCAACUGCGACGAAACGUUCGACUUCCAGGCCAUGGGUCGUAUCUUUGUCGGUUUGUGCCAGGUCGGCGCGUGGGGUUGCUUCGAUGAGUUCAAUCGUCUGGAGGAACGUAUGCUUUCGGCCGUUUCGCAGCAAAUCCAAACCAUCCAGGAAGCGCUCAAAUCGCAGCAGGAGGGUAAGAUGAAGGAUGCGCAGAGCAUUACCGUCGAGUUGGUCGGCAAGCAGGUUCGCGUGUCCACCGAUAUGGCCAUCUUCAUCACCAUGAAUCCUGGCUAUGCUGGACGUUCCAAUCUGCCGGACAAUUUGAAGAAGCUGUUCCGUUCGCUUGCUAUGACCACCCCGGAUCGCCAGCUGAUUGCCGAAGUUAUGCUGUUCAGUCAGGGUUUCCGUACGGCGGAGAAACUUGCCUGCAAGAUAGUACCAUUCUUCAAACUGUGCGACGAACAACUAUCCAACCAAUCGCACUACGAUUUCGGUCUUCGUGCACUGAAAUCCGUACUGGUGUCGGCUGGUAAUGUGAAACGUGACCGCAUCAUGAAGAUCAAGGAAACAAUGAAGAACCGUGGGGAAGAGAACAUCGACGAGGCAUCCAUUGCGGAAAAUCUUCCGGAACAGGAGAUUCUGAUUCAGUCGGUUUGCGAAACCAUGGUACCGAAGCUGGUCGCAGAGGAUAUUCCGCUGUUGUUCUCGCUGCUGAGCGACGUGUUCCCGAACGUAGGCUACACCAGGGCCGAAAUGAAGGGACUGAAGGACGAAAUCCGCAAAGUUUGCGCCGAGGAGUACCUGGUCUGCGGAGAAGGCGACGAACAGGGAGGCGCUUGGAUGGAGAAGGGAGUCGGUGAAACAUGGGUGGACAAAGUUCUUCAACUGUACCAAAUCUCCAAUCUCAAUCACGGUCUCAUGAUGGUCGGUCCGUCCGGUUCCGGUAAGUCUACCGCUUGGAGAGUGCUACUGAAGGCGCUGGAACGUUUCGAAGGCAUCGAGGGUGUUGCCCACGUUAUCGAUCCCAAGGCAAUUUCCAAGGAAACCUUGUACGGUGUGCUGGAUCCGAACACUCGCGAGUGGACGGACGGUUUGUUUACUCACAUUCUGCGUAAAAUCAUCGAUAACGUACGUGGUGAAAUCAACAAACGUCAGUGGAUCAUUUUCGAUGGUGACGUAGAUCCUGAAUGGGUUGAAAAUUUGAACUCCGUGCUGGAUGACAACAAGCUUCUGACGUUGCCGAACGGUGAACGUCUAUCGCUUCCGCCGAACGUAAGAAUUAUGUUCGAAGUCCAGGACUUGAAGUAUGCCACCUUGGCUACUGUAUCUCGGUGCGGUAUGGUUUGGUUCUCCGAGGAUGUCCUGUCAACUGAAAUGAUCUUUGAAAACUACAUGUCGCGAUUGAAGAACAUUCCAUUGGAAGAUGGCGAAGAUGAGAGCUUCACCACUCAGUCCAAGAGUGCGGAGAAGGACGAUGAGUUGACUCCGGCCUUGCAAACGCAGCGAGAAAUGGCAUCUCUUUUCCAUCCAUAUUUCACUUCGGAUGGUUUGGUUGUGCGCUGCUUGGAGUAUGCUAUGGGUCAAGAACAUAUCAUGGACUUCACUAGGCUGCGUGCUUUGAGCUCACUGUUCUCAAUGUUGAACCAGGGAGUACGAAACGUGUUGAACUUCAACCAACAACAUUCGGAUUUCCCUGUCCCACCGGAACAGCUAGAACAAUACAUCCCAAAGUUGCUGAUCUAUUCCCUGCUGUGGUCGUUUGCUGGUGAUGCUAAGCUUAAAGUCCGCUCCGAUCUAGGCGACUUUGUCAGAAGUGUAACAACGAUCAAUUUGCCAGUCCAAUCUGGCAAUCCAAUCAUCGACUACGAAGUGAACCUUCAAGGUGAAUGGGCUCCAUGGUCCAACAAGGUUCCGGUUAUCGAAGUGGAAACUCACAAAGUAGCUGCCCCGGAUGUUGUCGUUCCCACACUGGACACCGUGCGUCACGAAUCGCUGCUGUACACUUGGCUCGCCGAACAUAAGCCACUGGUACUCUGUGGUCCACCAGGUUCCGGUAAAACCAUGACUCUGUUCUCGGCUCUCCGUGCCCUUCCUGAUAUGGAAGUGGUAGGUUUGAACUUCUCGUCGGCCACCACUCCUGAAUUGCUGCUGAAGACGUUCGACCAUUACUGCGAAUACCGCAAGACACCGAAUGGAGUCAUUCUGGCGCCGGUCCAACUCGGCAAGUGGCUUGUCCUAUUCUGCGACGAAAUCAAUUUGCCCGAUAUGGAUUCGUACGGUACACAACGCGUCAUCUCCUUCUUGCGGCAGUUGGUGGAACACAAAGGCUUCUACCGUGCCGCCGAUCAAUCCUGGGUGUCGCUUGAGCGUAUCCAAUUCGUGGGAGCUUGUAAUCCACCUACGGAUCCGGGUCGUAAGCCGCUGUCUCAUCGCUUCUUACGCCACGUUCCCAUCAUUUACGUGGACUACCCUGGCGAGACCUCACUCAAGCAAAUCUACGGUACGUUCAGCCGGGCUAUGUUGCGUCUGAUGCCGAACCUUCGCGGUUACGCCGAACCACUCACCAACGCCAUGGUGGAAUUUUACCUGUCAUCCCAGGAUCGCUUCACGCAAGAUAUGCAACCGCACUACGUUUAUUCGCCGCGUGAGAUGACACGUUGGGUACGAGGUAUUUGCGAAGCUAUCCGACCGCUGGACAAUCUGCCCGUUGAGGGAUUGGUCCGUUUGUGGGCCCAUGAAGCGCUUCGACUGUUCCAGGAUCGUCUGGUGGAGGAAUCCGAACGUCGUUGGACAAACGAGAACAUUGAUUUGGUCGCGAUGAAGCACUUCCCUAGCGUGGAUCGCGAGAAGGCUCUGGAGCGACCGAUCCUUUACAGCAACUGGCUGUCCAAGGACUAUACGCCGGUCAAUCGGUCUGAGCUGCGAGACUACGUUAAGGCACGUCUCAAAGUGUUCUACGAAGAAGAACUGGACGUUCCGCUGGUGCUGUUCGACGAAGUUCUGGAACAUGUUCUGAGAAUCGAUCGUAUUUUCCGUCAACCGCAGGGACAUCUGCUGUUAAUUGGUGUCUCGGGAGCUGGCAAAACUACACUAUCGCGCUUUGUUGCCUGGAUGAAUGGACUGUCGAUCUUCCAGAUCAAGGUUCACAACAAGUAUACCAGUGAGGACUUUGAUGAAGAUUUGCGUUGCGUGCUGCGUCGUUCCGGUUGCAAGGACGAGAAGAUUGCAUUCAUUUUGGACGAAUCGAACGUGCUGGACUCUGGCUUCUUGGAACGUAUGAACACACUGUUGGCGAACGGUGAAGUUCCUGGAUUGUUCGAGGGCGAUGAAUACACGACGCUGAUGACGCAAUGUAAGGAGGGAGCCCAACGCGAAGGACUCAUGUUGGAUUCCAGUGACGAGCUGUAUAAGUGGUUCACCCAACAGGUCAUGCGCAAUUUGCAUGUUGUCUUCACCAUGAAUCCGUCUACCGAUGGACUGAAGGAUCGUGCGGCUACGUCGCCGGCUUUGUUCAAUCGUUGCGUGCUGAAUUGGUUCGGUGAUUGGUCCGACUCGGCCCUGUUCCAAGUGGGUAAGGAGUUCACCGUGCGAGUGGAUCUGGACAAACCGACCUGGACUGCACCGGACUUCUUCCCGGCUGCUUGUCCUCUCAUCAACAAUACACCAUCGCAUCGGGAUGCCGUCAUCAAUGCAUGUGUGUACGUUCACCAGACGCUACACAAGGCCAAUACACGGCUGGCCAAACGCGGCGGCCGCACGAUGGCCAUUACACCCCGGCACUAUUUGGACUUUAUUCAUCACUUUGUCAAACUUUACUCGGAGAAACGAAGCGAUCUGGAGGAACAGCAGCUGCACUUGAAUGUCGGUCUGAACAAGAUUGCCGAAACGGUCGAACAGGUUGAAGAAAUGCAAAAGUCGCUGGCGGUUAAGUCUCAGGAAUUGCAAGCGAAGAACGAGGCUGCCAACGCUAAGCUGAAGCAGAUGUUCAAGGACCAACAGGAAGCGGAAAAGAAGAAGGUUCAGUCGCAGGAGAUCCAGCAACAGCUAGCAGAGCAAACCAUUAAAAUCGAAGAGAAACGCAAGGACGUCAUGGCCGAUCUGGCGCAGGUCGAACCGGCUGUCAUCGACGCCCAAGCAGCUGUGAGCAAUAUUAAGAAGAAGCAGUUGGCCGAAGUUCGUACGAUGGCCAAUCCACCGGCACCGGUAAAGCUGGCGCUGGAAUCGGUCUGUUUGCUCCUCGGGGAGGACGACCGCGGUGGAGAUUGGAAAGCAAUCCGUGGCAUACUGGUUAAGGACAGUUUCAUUACGUCCAUCGUCAAGUUUGACACAUCACAGUUAACCGAUGACGUUCGCGAAAAGAUGAAGGCCAGAUAUCUGAGCAAUCCGGACUACAACUUCGAGAAGGUGAACCGUGCUUCCAUGGCUUGCGGUCCUAUGGUUAAAUGGGCCAUCGCUCAGGUCGAAUAUGCCGAUAUGUUGAAACGCGUCGAGCCACUUCGGGACGAGCUCAGCUCUCUGGAACGGCGUGCCGAUACCAACAUCAAGCACGGUCAGGAAGUGAAGGAACUCAUCACCCAGCUCGAGCAGAGUAUCGCCUCGUACAAGGAGGAAUACGCUCAGCUCAUCUCCCAGGCGCAGGCCAUCAAGACCGAUCUGGAGAACGUUCAGGCCAAGGUUGACCGUUCAAUUGCUCUACUGAAGAGUUUGGUCAUCGAACGGGAACGUUGGGAAGCGACGAGCGAAACGUUCCGUUCGCAAAUGUCAACGAUCCUCGGAGACGUUCUGCUAUCUGCAGCGUUCAUCGCGUACGGUGGAUACUUCGAUCAACACUACCGUAGCAAUCUGUUCUCAACCUGGUGUCAGCAUCUGCAAGCCGCUAGCAUACAAUUCCGGGCGGACAUCGCACGGACCGAGUAUCUAUCCAAUCCGGACGAGAGACUUCGUUGGCAGGCCAAUGCUCUUCCGACGGACGAUCUUUGUACUGAAAAUGCGAUCAUGUUGAAACGCUUCAACCGAUACCCGUUGAUCAUCGAUCCAUCCGGACAGGCAACGGAGUUCAUCAUGAACGAAUUCAAAGAUAAGAAAAUCACCAAAACUAGCUUCCUCGACGAUUCAUUCCGUAAGAAUCUCGAAUCGGCCCUGCGUUUCGGUAAUCCACUGCUGGUACAGGACGUCGAAAACUACGAUCCUAUUCUGAACCCGGUGCUGAACCGUGAACUACGCCGUACUGGUGGACGUGUGUUGAUCACUCUUGGCGAUCAGGACAUUGAUUUAUCACCAUCGUUCGUGAUCUUCCUGUCAACGCGUGAUCCAACGGUGGAAUUCCCGCCAGACAUUUGCUCACGAGUAACAUUUGUCAACUUUACCGUUACGAGAAGUUCUCUGCAGUCGCAGUGCUUGAACCAGGUAUUGAAGGCCGAACGACCGGAUAUCGACGAGAAGCGAUCCGAUCUGCUGAAACUGCAGGGAGAGUUCCACUUGAGAUUGCGUCAACUGGAGAAGAGUUUGCUGCAGGCAUUGAACGAUGCCAAGGGUAAGAUCUUGGACGACGACUCCGUCAUCACCACCCUGGAAACGCUGAAGAAGGAAGCUGCCGAUAUCGGCCAGAAGGUUGAAGAAACCGACAAGGUUAUCGGUGAAAUUGAGACUGUGUCCCAGCAAUACCUGUCUCUGUCGCAGGCUUGCAGUAACAUCUACUUCACGAUGGAUAGCUUGAACCAGGUGCACUUCCUCUAUCAAUAUUCGCUGAAAAUGUUCCUGGAUAUCUUCAGCACCGUAUUGCACAACAAUCCCAAGCUGGAAGGCAAGACCGAUCAUACCGGUCGAUUGUCUAUAAUAACCUACGAUCUGUAUCGAGUAUGCUACGAUCGCGUUGCUCGUGGUAUGCUGCAUGCCGAUCGUCUCACGUUUGCUAUACUGCUUUGCCGAAUCCAUCUCAAGGGAACGUUCGAAGCGAAUCUGGACCAAGAGUUCAACUUCUUCCUACGCAACAAAGAAGGUUUGAUCUCCUCUUCUAACCACAUCGAUGGCGUCAGCGCCGAGCAGCUAGAGUCGGUCACUCGGCUUUCCAGCCGUCUGUCCAUCUUCCGAAAAUUGCUGGACAAGAUUCAAUCCAUGCCGGAACUGGCCGCCUGGUUGCAGCAAGGUUCUCCAGAACAAAACGUACCGAACCUCUGGGAUGAAUCUAAGGCCCUAUCCGCGGUCUCUGCCUCUAUGCAUCAGCUUCUGCUGAUCCAAGCAUUCAGACCCGAUCGGGUCAUUGCCGCGGCUCACAUUUUCGUAUCCACAGUCCUGGGAGAAGACUUUAUGCCUCAAGCCGAAAAGGAACUUGACUUCUCGACCUGUGUGGAAAAAGAACUCACCAGCAACACUCCUGCUCUGCUCUGUUCGGUCACCGGCUACGACGCUUCGUCUCGUGUGGAUGAUUUAGCCGUCGAAUUAAACAAACAAAUUACCAGUAUCGCUAUUGGUUCUGCCGAAGGUUUCAAUCAAGCCGAACGAGUUAUCAACAUGGCGUGCAAAACUGGACGGUGGGUCCUGCUCAAGAACGUACAUCUCGCCCCUCAAUGGCUUGUACAGUUGGAAAAGAAACUCCACUCUCUUCAACCGCAUGCCGGUUUCCGACUGUUCCUUACCAUGGAAGUCAAUCCGAAGGUUCCAGUCAACCUUCUUCGAGCUGGUCGCAUCUUCGUUUACGAACCUCCACCAGGCAUUCGGGCUAACUUGCUGCGUACAUUCUCUACGGUUCCGGCCGGUCGCAUGAUGAAACAGCCUAGUGAACGCGCUCGUCUAUAUUUCCUGCUAUCCUGGUUCCACGCUAUCGUACAGGAACGUUUGCGCUAUGUACCGCUGGGAUGGGCUAAGAAAUACGAAUUCAAUGAAUCGGAUCUACGCGUUGCUUGCGACACCUUGGAUACUUGGAUUGAUGCUACUGCUAUGGGCCGGACCAAUCUCCCCCCGGAGAAGGUUCCAUGGGAUGCCUUGGUAACUCUGCUCUCACAGAGCAUCUACGGUGGCAAGAUCGACAACGACUUUGAUCAGCGCCUGCUGUCAUCGUUCCUAUCCAAACUGUUUACCGCUCAUAGUUUCGAGGCUGAGUUCGCUUUGGUUGCCAAUGUGGACGGUGUUGCCGGUGGACCGAAUGGUCAACGUCACAUCACCAUGCCCGACGGUACACGCCGGGAUCAUUUCCUCAAGUGGAUCGAAGCGUUGGCAGAUCGCCAAACACCAUCCUGGCUGGGAUUGCCAAAUAAUGCCGAGAAGGUUCUUUUGACCACCCGUGGAACUGAUUUAGUCAGCAAACUGCUAAAGAUGCAACAACUAGAGGACGACGACGAGCUCGCUUAUAGUAAUGAUGAAAGUUUGGAUGCGGUUCAGACUCGUCAGGAAGACGGACGGCCAUCGUGGAUGAAGACAUUGCAUAACAGCGCUCUUACCUGGCUGCAACUGUUGCCGAAGCAGUUGGCUACAUUGAAACGAACUGUGGAGAACAUCAAGGACCCGCUCUAUCGCUAUUUCGAACGUGAAGUCUCAUCCGGAGCGAAGCUUCUGCAAACCGUAGUUAGCGAUCUGCAGGAUGUAGUGUACAUCUGUCAGGGUGAAAAGAAACAGACCAACUACCACCGUACUAUGCUCAGCGAGCUGGUCAGAGGUAUUCUUCCCGCUGGAUGGAGACGCUACACUGUUCCCGUAGGCUGUACGGUCAUCCAAUGGGUUACUGAUUUUAGCCACAGGGUACUCCAGCUGCAAAAGGUGUCCAUGCUGGUUUCGCAAGCUGGUGCCAAGGAGCUACAGAGCUUCCCUGUUUGGUUGGGUGGUCUGUUUAAUCCGGAGGCAUACAUUACGGCCACUCGUCAAUGUGUUGCGCAAGCGAACAGUUGGUCCCUGGAGGAGCUGACCCUAAACGUCACCAUUACGGAGAACGGUUCCGACGGAUUCGAUAAUCUCAAAGACAGCAGCUUCGGUAUUUCCGGACUGAAACUACAAGGCGCCCAGUGUAAGAACAACCAACUGUUGUUAACGUCGGCCAUCAUGACCGAACUGCCGUUGACGUUGCUCAAAUGGUCACGUAUCGAUGCCGAAACUGCCCGGGCAACGAAGCUGACGCUUCCAGUUUAUUUGAACUCCACGAGGACCGAGCUUCUGUUCACGGUUGAUAUGACUGUAGCUCCAGGACAGGAUCCACACAGCUUCUACGAGCGCGGUGUUGCUGUGCUGGCUUCGACUGCAUUGAAUUAAUACGGAAACGCUUGAUUAUGCGUAAUUAUAUCAAAUUGUCUGCAUAUUUAAAUAAAAUAUUCGAUGAAAAUAUUUAUCACGUGGGUUCAAGGUUUAGACAUCAUUGGGACUAUGAUACUAAUAGCUUAUAUAUCCAAUUUAAAC